UGUCUGUUUCGCACUCCGGAGCAGAAGGUGGCGGUAAUACGCAAAUUACGAUGGCUACCAGUCGCCGUUAAAACCCUAGAAUAAGUCUUUUAGCUACGCAGCGUCAGCGAGGAUAAGCGUCCACAGAUCGUUACUAUUGCUUACUGUUCUACAGAUUAUUCGAUCCAAAGUAAAACAAAGGCACUUUUAAGAGCCACUCUCUCACUUGUUCUUACUGUCUCUCUCUCUCUCUCUCUCUGUUGUCUCUCUUUCUCAUUUUCACACACACCUUUAUAUCUGUAUUGUGUGUCUAUUUUUUGUGUUUAUUUGUGAAACAUGUCUAAAAACCCAAGGGUCUUUAAUGAUCCCAGUAAGAUCAGAGGCCAUAUGGCCUCUGAAAUCAGUCAUGCUCUUCUCCAUGAGGCCAGGGCUGCAAUGGCAAUGCAAAGCUCUGCCAUUCCUCAAAAAAGAAAGAGGAACAGGAUAAAGAAAUCGGUCACAUGCAGGCGUGAGAAACGUCAGAGAGCACAAAGACCUGCAUUGGCUUCUGAAGUUACAGGGAACCCAGUGUGUGAGGAUGUCCCUCAGAUUGAAGAUCCAGAGUUGACUGCAAGUCUUGAAACACGUCUUCAAGAGUUGAGGGGUGCUCUUACCUCAUUUGAGUAUCCGGUGGCAACAGAACAGACGGUGUGGGCACAACGACAGGUGUUUGCUGAUGCAAGAGCAAAAACAGCUAGGCCAGUGCUCCUUGAUGCCAAACUCUCAGCUGAAAGAGUCAUCAAGCAAAUUUGCAACAAAUGCCAUGCUGGAGAGGCUUUCAUUAGGUGCCUGGAUUGUGUUCCUCUGGACAUGGAGUUUCUAUGUGGAAGCUGUGACAUAGAGGCCCACAAAAAGAAUGUGUUUCACAACAGGGAGGCAAUAUUUCAUGGCUACUUGGAGCCUAUUCCCCAUACAAAGGCUGUGGUGUUGGAUGACAAUGGCCAGCCUCACUUUUGUGAGCAGGUAUGUCAAUUGCCCUUGCCCACACACAGGGCAAUAUGUGAGUGCACCCAUGAGAUUGAGGUCACCACUGGAAAGCAUAUUUCAGUGGUCACCAUGGCGGGACGAUACGAUGUCUGUUUGCCCCGUAAGGUUUGCCCUACCUGCUUAGCAGAAUGGACUCCGGGGGUGAAACACCUUCUGAACUACUGUUACUGGCCAAGCACCACCAGCUGCCAGACACUGUACCGUUUUGAUGUCUUUGACGCUUUUGCACACAUGAAGGUAUCUGCUCCUUCAAUGUCAAGACAUGCCUUUUUAAAACUACUGGAGCACCAAUCUGUUCAGGCUGGAAGGCCAGGAAAUAUCUGUGCAGACACCUUUCAAAAAAGCUUUUUUGAAUAUUGUUUUUGCAAACACACGGAAGAGAUGAUGUGCGAAGUCAAUAGCUUUCAUUGUCCAGCAUGUCACCCAGACAUGUUGGCGGUAUGUUGCGAUGGGAAUCGCAAACAUUAUCGGUUUAGAAAAUCAAGGGGGACUGAGGAACCCUCUCUAUAUGCAGGAUUAUUUCUUGCCCAGGAUGAGGAGGUAUCUGCAUUCCUAAACGACAUCAGAAGCCGUAGCACAACAAGAGGAAAUGACAGUGGGAUGUGCGGUGUCUCAAGGUUCAGGGCAAGUAAGGAGACAUCAAAAAAAUCAUCCUCCAAAAUAGAUGAAGAGGGGAUUCAAGUGGCAGUCUGCAGACAUGGCAUAUUGCUACGAGGACUGAAUCACUACCGUGGUGAGGUAUUUGCCUACCCAAUGUUUUUGCAGAGAGAGUUGUCGAAGAGGGCAAAUGUCACUUUCUUCUGCAUGGAUGUUGUCUGCAGGUACUGGCCAUACCUAAGUAAAGUGGCUGAAGAAUCAUCAGAUCUUCAGCCGCUAACGGAAAUGAGGCCAUUUCUUAGUGUAAUGCAUGCCAAAGCUCAUACAGCGAAAUGCGAGGUGAGAUGGGGUGGCAGAAAUCAGGAUGGAGCAGGGAACACUGUUGGAGAGGAAGUUGAACAAGUCAACAGCUUUCUAUCUAGGGCAGCUCUUGUCACAAAAUACAUGACGAAGGCAGGGAGAGAGAAUAUGCUGACUCAACAGGCCAUGGGGUAGAACAGAAAAAAGAUAGAGAACCUCCACAAAGUCUUGGCUCACAGAUAUAUCAAAAUCUCUGAGAGGGCAAAGCUGGAAGCUGCCAGCUUCAGUGAAUUCCAGCAAAAGAAUCGCCUCACUGAACAAACCGUACAGCAGUGGGUAUGUGAUGUUCAGCAGUGGGCAGUCACAG